UAGUAAUAAUAAUAAUAAUAAUGAUUAUGAUUAUCAACGGAUGAUGAUAAUCACGAUACAAUUAUUAAUUCGUUCCUAUUUGAAUUAUGAUACAUAGAAAACAAACAAGACAGAUAUUAUCCUUUGUUUGAAACAAUAUUCCCAUAUGUAUAUGUAUAUGUACAUGAUAUAGAUAUAUGAUUACAUAUAUACACACGGCUGAGUUCAAUAUACAAUGUUUAACAUUCACUAUUGAAUGAUAAUUUGGUUUAUAUAAGAUUUCAUUAUCUUAUAAUUAAUUGUAUAUGUAUACUUGAAGGAUUACCAUUAUUAAGAGUUUUUACAUUAGAAAAACAAAACGUUGAUUUUAUUUUACAAGGAACCUUCAUAAAUGAAUUGAUUAUAAUGUCCGGAUUGUAUUAUCGUCCUAGUACAAGUGAACUAAAUUCAGAAGUGAUGAACCAAGAAGGAGAAGAUGAUGAGAGCCCAUUAAACAGUUUACUGAAUGAUGUCCCAAAUUAUAUGCAACCUGAUCCUAUAAAAUCUAAACAUAAUUCAGCUGUGAAACCAGAUAAAAAGAAUAUCAAGGAUGAAUCAGUAAAUAUUAAGAAAAUCUCUUCUCGUUCUAGUGAUCAGCAUCGUUAUCAUCAAAAAAAUAAUCCGAAUAAUGAUAUAAAUCAAUCACAAGAUGAUCAUAAUUUCAAUGAAAAUAUAAAUUAUUUAUCAGAGAAACAAUCAUUAAUUAAUAAAAAUUCUAAAUAUUGGCCACAAUAUCUUAGUUCAGAUUAUUUAGAUCCAAUGGAAAAACAUUUUGAAUUCACCAAUUGGGAUUGGUUACGAUUAAAUGUACUUGGAUCUGGUUGGGAAGAUCUACUUAGAGAAAUACCAGUCAGUCGUAAAGAAGCAUUAAAUUUACUUGUGAUUAUGAAGAAGAAAUUACUUAGAGCAGCAAGUGAAUUAACAUUUUACAAAGAACGUGUUACUAUUUUACAAGAUCAAUUAAUUCAUCAAAAGAGAAAUGAAGAGAAAUUGAUUCGGCUUCAAGCUGAAUUCAAAUCUCAAUCAUUAGAUUUAGAAAAACUUAGCAAACAAGUCUCAAGAGUUCCAUUAUUGGAGAGAACAGUUAAACAACAAGAAGAACUUAUUUGUCGAUUAGAAACCCUUCUUGAACGUCAAAGAAAACAAGCAUUAAAUGUAAAUCAUUCAAAUUAUUCAAUAAAUCCAUUAAAUACAUUAGAUAAUGAAUUAAUAGAAUCAUUUAAUGAUAAAUCAAUAAUAAAUUAUCAAACAAUUAAUCCAAAUCAUUCAAUGACAACAAUGACAUUAAGAAAUUUAUCUAAUGAAAAUGAACAAUUACGUAAUACUAUUACUGAAUUAAAUAGAACUGUAUGUAAUUUAGCUAAACAACAACAAGAUAAUAAUGAAUAUCAUCAAACUAUUGAACAAAAAUAUCAUGAAGAAAUUCAAGCAUUAAAAGAACAACAAAAUCGUUUAGAAGAACAAACAAUAUUGAAAAAUAAAAGACUUGAUCAAAUUGAAAAUGAAAAAUUUCGAACAGCACUUGCAGAUAAUGAACGAUUAGAAUUGUACAAAUUAUUGGAUAAUGCUGAAUUGAGAAUUAAAGCAUUAGAAGAAGAGCUUGAACGUCAAGAUAUUAGGGUACCAAGAAAUUCUAAUGAGAUAGGCGCUUCACGUAAAUCUAAUUUAUCAAAAGAACAUGCUUGGAAAUACUCUGGUCCAAUUAAAACUAGACAAUCUUUCCCAUUGUUAAAUAGAGAAAAAGAAAAAUGUCAUCUUCUUCAUUACCAACAUAAACAUGUAUCCAAUGUAUAUGCAAAACAACCAUUAGAAUCCUAUGAAUCAAUUACAUGUUUACCUAAUCAUUAUAUACCAUCAUAUCAUAUACAUAAUAAUAGUAAUAAUACUAAUGAUAAAUACAACUAUGACUUAAACAAAGAUGGCAACAACUUUUAG